AUGGUUACUAAAGGAGGAUUACCUAGGUUACCUGCUGAGUUCAUAAUUGAGAAAGCUCUCAUCUUGUCACAAGAAAGAAAGGAAGAAGACUUUGAAGCUGUUUUUGCCUUAUUGGUGUAUGGAUUGUUCUUGUUCCCUAACAUUAACAACGUUGUUGAUAUGAAUGCCAUCAAGAUCUUUAUGAAGAAGAAUCAUGUUCCUACCUUACUUGGGGACACUUACUAUUCUAUUCAUCUCAGACAUUCCUAUGGAAAGGGAAUGGUUACAUGUUGUACUCCUUUGUUAUACAAGUGGUACAUAUCUCAUCUGUCUAACACCCCUGAAUUCUGGACCCAGAAAGAAGGAUUAAAAUGGUCACACAAGAUCAUGACUCUUACCAACACUGCGAUUGUUUGGACAAGAAAUCACUUCUGUAGAAUGAAGACUUUAGACUGUUGUGGUGAUUUCCCUAAUGUACCCCUCAUUGGUACAAAAGGAGUAAUCAGCUAUAGCCCCGUGUUAGCUCGUCAUCAAUUUGGGUUUCCUAUUGACAAAAGACCAAGGAGCAAUUUAUUGGAUGGGUUCUUUCUGGAAGAAAGAGUUGAGAACAAAAUGUUUAGAGAAAGGAUUGUUAAUGCUUGGAAUCCAAGCCAUAGAAGAGAAAUCAAAGACUGGAAGACCAAAUGGGAUCUCUCUCCUGAGCCCUUUGAAAGUUGGGUCACUGCCAGAGCUGCUAAAAUGAGAAUGUCUAUUCUCCCUAGAACAUUUGCACCCCCAAUUGAGGAGUAUGUUCCACCCAUUGUAGUUCCUUCAACAAUUGAGAGUCUCCAAGAAGCUCUAAGAAAAAUGAAGAAAUCAAGAGACCAUUGGAAGAAGUUUGAGUCUUCUGAUGCUGAAAUAGGAAUGUUGGAAGAAUCCUAUGAAGAAGUGUUGAAAGAAAAGAAUGAUCAACUGUUCCUUUAA